UUUCUCUAGUCGUUUGAAUUUGAAAGGUUUAUAAAAACGAUUUCGUCAAUGUUUAACUUGUUGGUGAUUGUUAAAUGAUAAUAAGUCGUAUCAAUUAUUUACAGUAUGAGUAGUUUCAGCGAUUUAAGUCAAAUAUCAGAUAUAACAAGUAUUUCGCGAGUUUCUCGUUCAAAUUGCAGUCGAAUAAUAGGAAGAGUAGAUUCGUUGCAAAGUUUGUUUGAGCAACAGUGUAGUUUUACACAUAAUGCAAGUAGAAAUGCUAUAAAUCCCCAUCAAGGGAUUAAUCAUUUAGAAAAAACUAUCAAGUCUCUUAUUUCGUGUGAGGAAAGCAUAAGUGACCAUAUAAAAAAUAAAAUAAUUUUGGAAUGUAUCAAGGAGGCAUCAAUGAAUAAGAAAGAAACGUUAUCUGAAGAUGUUGUUAUUAAAUUGAAAGGAUUACUUUUAAUACACGAUGUUAAUAAAUAUAUGCAUUUGUCAUCUGUGUCAAAGGAUAUGCAAGAAGAAUUAAAUGUAUUGGGAAUUACUGAUUUACCAACAUAUAACUUCAGUUAUGAGGAGAUGUUAGAUAUAAAAUGUUAUGUAGAAACGUUGCUUAGGGAAAAGAUACAUGAUUAUAUAUUAAGGUAUGAACAGAUGGGAGGUAAUAUGAAAAGUCUUUUAAGAACAAGGGACUUUAAUACGCAUAAAAAAUUGUUUGAACCUCAUGAAGUACAAAUACUUCAUUGGAAAGAUAAAGUUGAAGAAUUGUCUGCACAGUAUGAAACAGAUAUAGUGAAAUGCAAAACUCUAAUGGAUAAAUGGAAUCAACACAAGUACGAAGAUGUAAACCAAAUUUAUUUAGAAAAAGCAGAGUACAUAUUAUUAAGAGCUCAAGUUGCUGAAGUACAAGCAAGGAUUACAAAAUUAUCCUGUAUCAUGAAAAUGUAUAAGGAAACAACGGUGACAAUCGAUGCUUAUAAAGUAUUAAAUGCAAUCAUGGAUGAAAAGUUGUCUACUGUAACAAAUGAAGUUAAAGAAAAAGUAAAUUUAAAACAACAGUACGAAAAUUUGCAGAACACAGAAUAUGAUGAAGUUCUGCAAACUUAUUUACAAUUUUGUAAAGCUAUUAAGACAAAGAAACAGAUAUUACAAAAACUUUAAAUUGAUCAUAACUUUAGAAAUAAAUUUAUCUUUUAAGUACUUACAUAUACAUAUAUGUUUUUAUUCAAGUGAAUAUAAAUAUUUACAGCGUUUAUAUAGAUUUAUUUCUAUUAAAAAACAUUUUUAAAUUGUAGUAAAGUUGAAUGUUCUAUGAACAUGUCUAAGGAAAUGUAUUCUUUCUAUUAAUGAAAUGUUUUUAAU